UCGAUGGCAAGCCAAACGUUUUCGCGCGCGCCAACAAGUCGCAUGCGUUCUCUCCUCCGUUCCGACGGAUAGUUCAAGUUCAAAAUCGAAAUUUUUCGGAUGUGUUGAUGCCAAUAUCCGGCUAUGGCGAUUCAAGUGCUUUUGGCCCGCUAAAAAGAAUCCAAUAAAUUUAAAUUAAAUUCUUCCCGUGUGUGUUGUAUUGUGCCUUUGCAGUGUGUAAACAAAAUUUGGCCCAAGUGUGGGGUGUGUGUGUGGCAUGUGCUCUUCGUAUCCGUAUCCAUAUCCUGUUUAAGAGCCGUCCCAAAUGCGAUGGCUGGAAUCGCUUGAAAACACGGAAACACUUUAACGCAAAUCUGGAUAGAAUUGGAUGCAAAAAUGCAGCAGGCAACGAGUCGUGAUGGAAUCAAAUUAAUCAUGUUGGCUUAAACAAUUUCCGUUUUGUUGGGCAAAAAAUAACAUUAAGAGCAAGGAAAAUCAAGCAGCAGCACGAGCAGAUUCCCCUGAUGAUAGGCAACUUAGUGAGCAUGGAAACGGACCUGGACAUGGACGUGGAUCUGGUGGGGAUUUCGGUGGACUCCCCCGACUUCCCACUGCCCACCCCGCUCAAUGUCACGCAGGCUCUCUGGGAUCUGGCCAUCAUGGCCUCCUCCACCCAGUGGCCCCUCCUCGAAUCCAGCCCCUUCUCCACCGAGAACUUCAGCGAACUGGCGGUCACCGAGACACCCUACGUGCCCUACGGCCGUCGCCCCGAAACCUACAUCGUGCCCAUCCUCUUCGCCCUGAUCUUCGUGGUCGGCGUCCUGGGAAAUGGGACCCUGAUUGUGGUCUUCCUCAGUGUGCGCCAGAUGCGGAAUGUUCCAAACACCUAUAUUUUAUCACUGGCUUUGGCGGAUUUGCUGGUUAUUGUAACCACAGUGCCAUUGGCAUCGACUGUUUACACAGUGGAGUAUUGGCCCUACGGCAGCUUCCUCUGCAGCCUGUCCGAGUUUAUGAAGGAUGUCUCAAUUGGAGUAUCGGUGUUUACACUCACCGCAUUAUCCGGCGAUCGGUACUUUGCCAUCGUGGAUCCUUUGAGGAAGUUUCACGCUCAUGGAGGAGGUCGUCGGGCAACACGAAUGACCUUGGCCACAGCGGUAUCCAUUUGGCUGCUGGCCAUUCUAUGCGGACUGCCAGCCCUCAUUGGCAGUAAUCUCAAGCACCUUGGUAUUAAUGAGAAAUCGAUUGUCAUCUGCUAUCCGUAUCCGGAGGAGUGGGGCAUCAACUACGCCAAGGCCAUGGUUUUGCUGCACUUCCUGGUCUACUAUGCCAUUCCCCUGGUGAUCAUAGCCGUGUUCUACGUGCUCAUCGCCCUGCAUUUGAUGUAUUCGGCCAGUGUCCCUGGUGAAAUUCAAGGAGCUGUUCGCCAGGUUCGUGCCCGUCGGAAGGUGGCUGUAACCGUUCUGGCCUUUGUAGUCAUCUUUGGCAUUUGCUUCCUGCCCUACCACGUCUUCUUCCUCUGGUUCUACUUCUGGCCCACAGCCCAGGAUGACUACAACGCCUUCUGGCAUGUGCUGCGCAUCGUGGCCUACUGCAUGUCCUUCGCCAACAGCUGCGCCAAUCCUGUGGCCCUGUACUUUGUGAGCGGCGCCUUUCGCAAGCAUUUCAAUAGAUAUCUAUUUUGCCGUGGAGCGAGUGGACGGCGCAAGAAGCGCGGCCAGCACGACACCUUCUGCAUGCACAGGGACACCUCGUUGACCAGCACCGCCUCGAAGCGGUACCAAUCCCGGCACUCCUGCUACCAGAGCACCAUCCGCAGCUGUCGCCUGCAGGAGACGACGAUAACCGCGCUGCCAAAUGGCGGAAAUCCGAAUGGAACUAGCAUUGGAGCCCCCAUCUCCGCCGUGGAUUUGUCCAUGACCGGGGGUCAAUCCUCCGCCCAGCAUGAAGCACCGCCGGGCUACGGAUUUUUGCCACUCAACGAACUUGGCCAACACACACGUUCGCACCCACCAAAAUUCCAGGAAUCACUGUUAAACUAAAAACCCGAACUGGAUUUAAACGGAGUUUACAGGAAGCCAUUGUACCCUAAGCACUCUACCAAAAUCAAAAGUAAUCUAAAGCAAACGUUUUUACUUUCAGCUUAAACUCAAAUUUAAUUUAAGGAAAAUGUUGGCAAGUGCCCAGUUGAUGUUGGUAAACACUCUGUCAAUUUAAAAAGCACUUGAAAGCCAAGGUUUUCACUUUUUCAAACUUUUUUUGAUGUAUAGUUAAAUUUAAUUGAAAUGGAAUUUACGAAUACGACAAGAUGAGUAGCGUUAUGGUUAAAUGUUGCCUUAUGUUUUCUGUAGCAUACUUAUCAGAGUAAUUUAAUGUUUUCCAUAUGCAGCAUUACAUAAAAAAAGAAAAAUUAAAACACAUACCCAAUAAGCCCAAAAAUAUUUGACUAUUUAAAAUUUAUAAAUAAAAACCCAUCAACCAAUUGAAAGUCACAAACUUUCGUAUAAUGUAAAUAUAAACAUACCAAAAAGAAUUUUGAUGUUUCCAUGUGUGUCAAAGUCAAAGUCUUAGAGGUUAAGCUAAUAAACUAAAGUAUUGUAGUCGAACAACGGCUUUAAGCUAAACAAAUUUUACGUAUAAAUUAUAUAGAAAAAGGUUUAGAAAACUAAAACAAAUUGUGUGCUCUAAGAAAAGUCUCCGUUUUAUAGCUAAUCACUAAAACUUUGUAAAUACAUUUUUAUG